UGACGUCACUGCAGACAUGCGCAGUCUUCACCUCGACCAGCUUUGUUGCGUUGCUACUUGCUAUUGCUAACUAGCUAGUAUUUCCUUCCUGUGAGCGGAGGCAGCGAUGGACGCCGAAGCUUUGUCGGAAGCGUUUCAAGAUUUUGAGAAGAAAGCGAAAAGGGAUGCCAUGCCCCUGUUGGAGCAAUUCAUGUGUCAAGUUGCCAAGACAGGGGAAUCAGUGAUCCCGUGGUCACAGUUCAAAUCAUACUUCAUGUUUAAAUUGGAGAAGGUCAUAGAUGAUUUUCAUACAUCCACGCUGGAGCAGAGAAACCCUCACAAUCCCAAUGUAGAACACGUUCCUUUUGAGGAGAUGAAGAACAGGAUCUUAAAAAUUGUUGACAACUACAAUGGAAUCCCAUUCACCAUUCAGCGUCUGUGUGAACUUCUCACUGACCCCAAGAAAAACUAUUCUGGAACAGACAAGUUUCUCAGGGGUAUUGAAAAGAAUGUAAUGGUGGUAAGCUGUGUGUACUCUACAUCAGAGAAAAAUAGGGCAUCCAGUUCAACCAGAGUGAAUGGAGUGAUGUUUCCUGGCAACUCUUCUCUAUGCUCAGACAGUCGAAAUGUAAAUGGACCAGGCACGCCAAAACUGCUCAACAGGCCAAAGCUUUCAUUAUCACCAACGCUUUCCACCAAUGGGCUACCUGAUUGUGAUGUCUGCAAGGAGUCAGAGCCCAUGGAAGAGGAAGAGGCGGAGCACCGCAUCAGUGACGUUUCACUCAUGGGAGGUGAAAUAACUCCACGCAGCGGGAUAAAGCAUAAACAUUCUGAGGAGGAAGAAGAGGACGAGGUGGACCCUGAUGCUGAGAAGCACAGCAGCAAGAGACUAAAGGUUGACAAAAACCAUGAAGAGGGUGACACAAAAUGUGAAAACAAGGAAUACUCUUGUAAAGGCACAGAGGACACAUCGGCGAUGAAAUCUUCCGAAGACGCUUGCAGUCAGAAGAACAAAAGUGAAACAUCUUGUGGUACACAGUCCAUGCUUGAGGACCCAGGGCCCAGCAGCCCACUGACAGAAUUGCCAGAAAAAGAGGAAGCCAAAACAGAGGAGGCCCACUAUAACCAACCUGAGCGACCACUAAAAGAGAAUGCACACUCCGAGCAAGACACUGAGGACAGCAACAGCCGCAGCAGUAGGAGUGGAGACUGCCCGCCCAGCGUGUCUUCUUCUGGUGAUUCACCUGACUUGUCAACAGAGGGCGAUGCAGACAAUUCCGAAUGCACGAAUACAGAAACAGAGCCUGGACAAAAUGACUAACACAAGCUUGACCGCACAACUGACUCUUGACACUGUAUAAUACCACACCGAGGGAAACUGUAGCACUGUGGAACUCUGGGCUCCAGGAUAAGAAGAAAUGAGGGACCUCACAGAAGGAACUUUUUCCCCCUUCAGUUUCAGCUGGCAAAUGGACACACGUCACCUGGCCUUAGUGCUGGGCGAUCAUGGAGGCAGUGUUUUGAAAGUUUACUGUUUUCUAAGUUACUCCCCAAAAGUUAAAAUCAGACCCUGAUAAUUUAAUUUAGCCCUUAUGUGUUCAAUAACAUCAUCAUUGGCAUACACUUCCAAAAUGUUAACCUACUCAUUGUUGUUUUGACAGGAAAAAUUAUUUAGGUAAUGUCUCCAGAUGAUUAACAAUGUCUGCAUCCGCUUUUAAUUGUUUUUUUCUUUGAAAAACAUAACAUCAAGAGUAAAUGUGUAUUAACAUCGCACUAUUUCCUAAAAGUAUAUUGGACAUUAAACCAUUAACUCUGCUUAAGUUGAUAAUUUUCUUGUUGUAACCUGACAGUUUUAGAGUGUUAGUUCAGUAAAGUCAUUUCAGGUUUGCAUUCUGUAAAUUUUACAGAUGUUCGCCUCUAAUCACAACCCAUGCCUCCUUUUUGAUAGGUUAGAUUUUUACAAUACCUGCCUGUGAAUCCAUUUUUGUAGACUUGUUAUACACGUUCACUUCAAAAUGUUAAAAUUGUUGGAAAAUGAAUGCUCUUCUUUGUAUUCAUGUAAAGCAAUAAAUCCUGACAAAAAUA